CGUUAGAAACGUCCCGAAUGUGUCUCCCAUGCUUCUGCCUGAGAAGCACGAGAUUGUUCCCUUAUUGAUGGUGAAGCUAAAGUUCAGUCAGUUCAUCAAAAAAUAAAUCAGCCGUGAAAAAUAGUUCUACACCUUAACAUGAAGGAAAUGAAAAGAAAGAAGACAGCGUGCGAGGAGUCUGAGCAGCAUGUUCCCGUCUGUAAUGAAAAGAAGAAAAGAAAGAAGAGCGAGGUCAGUGUUGAAGCUGAUACUAAUUACAUCAAGAAGAGCUGUGUGAAUGAUGAAACCAAGGGCAGGAAGAAAAAACUGCAGACAGAAGAUAAAACCCAGAAGGCUGAAGAUUGUAUUGCUGUGAGUGAGGAUAAAAAGAAGAAAAAGAAAAAAAUUGCCAAAUUGGAGGACACUGACCCUAUUAGCUUCACAGAGAGCUGUGUAAAAGAGGUACUUGAUGGCAACAAUGAAGAGCUUCAGAUGGAGACAGAAACACAGGAGACUAGGAAGAAGAAGAAAAAGAAGAAAAAAGAUGCCGAUGCUAGAGACAUUAGUGGCAUUGUAGAGAGCUGUUUGAAUGAAGAGGAAUCUGAGAAGUGUGUUGCCAGGGAUGAGGUAAAGAAGAAGAAAAAGAAGAAAGAAUUUAGUGUAGACACUGGUGACCUUACAGAAAGUGGUGUGAAUAAAGAGCUCAAUGGUAAGAAGACAGAGAUACAGAAGCUACAGGCAACAGAAACAGAAGAAGGUGGAGAAGCAGAAGAAAGGAUGAAUGCGGACAGCGAGCUAAGCCCAGAGGAGAAGCGAGUGUUGGAGAGGAAGUUAAAAAAAAUCCUGAAAAAAGAGCAGAAACAGAAGAUGGAAGCAAAGUCCAAGGAUGAGGAGAGCAAAACCAACGUGGCACAGACACAAGCUCUGGAAUAUCUCACAUGUUGGUCCAAGAAGCGAGACGAGUGGAAAUUUCAGAAGACAAGGCAGGUGUGGCUACUGCAGCAUAUGUACGACAAUGAGAAGGUACCAGAUUCUCAUUUCUCAAUUCUGUUGGAGUACAUAGAGGGGCUGCGUGGGGUGGCCCGGGAGACCACUGUGCAAAAGGCAGAGGCUUUGGUCCGAUUUGGGGGAGGGCAAGAAGAAAAAGAGGAUGGAGCUACGGAUGCACAGACAAGGACUAACCGAGCCAGAGAGGUCAUCCAGAUGCUCUCAUGAUCACUCAUGAAAAAACAUGGACACACUUUUUGUGUCCCUUUGUCUCAGUCUGCUUAUAAAAACUCAUACAGCUGGAUUGUUUCAGCUUUUUGUAUGACAGGACUGAUGCUGACCACUUGUUCUAAAGGACUUAUGACUUUGAUCGAGCAAGGGAAUCAGAUGUGUGAUCUGUAAAUGUAUAUACGUCUUUACCUAUAAUCAAAAUGAUUUUUUAAAUAAAUGUGAUAUAAAGUCUCAUGUCCAUUAUCCAGUUUCUGUUUGACAAGUGUUCAAGUUGUUUUAAGUUUUAGUAAUUAAGAACAAUGUAUUACAUGUAUUAAUUUUAUAAUUUGUCAUUUUUCUGUCAUAUCUUUAUUCAUGUGAGUAUUUAUUCGUUGCAGGUUUUAAUUUAUGGUCGAUUUUGGUGGUUCUUUAUUAACAUCUGAUCAUUCAGACAAUUCAUUUUUAAACUUCUAUGGUGACAUCUGGGAAACUUGACCUUUUGAUUUCAAGGGCAUUCAGUGGUUAAAGUACUGAUGAUCAGAAGGUUGAGGGUACAAUUCCAACCACCAGCUACCACUGUUGGGUCCUUAACGUUAAAUUGUAAAGCACAAUGGGGAAUAACGUUUGUUAAUCGAUUUAAGUGUAAAAUUUGAACUGUAGUCCCAGCACCGACAUUGAUAACAAGAUAUUGUUAAACAAUAAAAUAUGGAUGUUUCUAAA